CCAUACCAUACGACGCGCGCCGCUGCCAUGGGACCCACGCGAUCCUCCCGCGCCGCUCGGUCGCUCUCCGCCUCUCCGCACGUCGCCGUCGGAGGAAGCAGGAGCCAGGGAGAGGGGUCCGUAGGGUACGUGCGGUCGGCCGGGCGCCACUCCCGGCGCAGGGUGCGAGGUCCCCGUCACCGCGCGCCGCGUCGUCAGCGUGACAGCGCGAGUCCCUCCAAAAGGUUCUGCAUCUCCUCGCCCGAUUUUAUUUGCGGCCACAUGUUGCGAUCUCCGAUCCUAUGGCUUUUUCGAGUCCUUGCGAUCUUUGGUGAGGGCGAGCCAGACCUCAUGUUCUUCUUCCUAGGAGCAUGAUGGCUCAAAUCUGCUUUUCAAGAAGCUGCGGAGAGGUUUCCGUUCCGUUCCCCGUUUCGGAUGCGGCCGACAAGAUAAUCGCUGCGAAUUGUUGUCAUGUGAACCUUCCUGUGAUUUGAGGAUCUGGCAUGUACGAUGGCUCGCUAAUUUCCAUUAGAAAAUCGCCGCAAUGCGUAACUAGAUGCCGACGCCUAAUUAUACUCAGAGGUGUCACCAUUUUUAUUUGUUGCUAUGGUAAACAUGGUCAGGUACUCGGUUCUACCAAAAAGGGUUGUAGUUCGUUUCCGAAUGGGAGUUUGUUUGGAACAGCUUGCUCAAAGUCGUGGCAUUUGGUCACAGAGAGUGAUCAAGUAGGUACUAGCACAGUCAUGUCCCUUUUGGUAUUGUCGUCGCUUCCUUGGAAAGCUUGUACCUCUCUUCUCAAAAGAUUCAGCAUGUGCUGCAUUCAGAGGGGAGAUUCAACCAAGGCAUGUACUUAAUGCCCCGUUGCUGCUUCGUGGCUCAUAUCCCAGUCCACGAAGCGCAAAUGAAAGGAUGAGAGGAACAUUCCAACUCAAAUAUUGUGACCAGAUGGUGUCGGUAUUAAUUCGUCAUGCAGAUGUCAGUACAACCAGCUCCAGUGAAUUCUUCAAAUAGAAUGCCUUGCCUGCUAAUUAUCUGCCAAAUAGAGUAACCAGUAUUCAGGAUUUAGUCUCUCAGAGGCUACGUUUUGUAGGAGUUUUAAAUCGGCGUCUCUUUGAAGAGAUAGCUACAAUAUCUUGUGGAAACCUAGUCAUUUUUUUCAACCUUUUCAGAAAGUCCUUGUGCUAAAGAUAGUGGGAUGUGGUACUGAGGACCUCUUCAUUCAAAAUCAAAGUGGCUAGGAGAUCAAAACUUUCAAGGCCUAAAUAUGUAGAGCCCUUCCUGCUAACUAUUCUUGUUUCUUGUCAAUCUACAUCAGUUGCACAGUUUCUUAGCUGGAAGGUUGGUAACCCAGGCUGUUAUUCAGUGAAUUUAGGCUGAUGGGAUGUGGAGAUACUCGACCCAUUCUCUUUUUUUUUUCUAGAAUACGCAGGAGAGCUGCGCAUCAUUCAAAUUAGAAGAAAUAGAUAGUUCUUGUACAACGCGGGCCUAAACCGGGCGUAGCACACGGUAGCACGGAUCUUAGGGGCUAAUUACACGAGAUAAGAACUCCUGGACAGUAAACGACCACCAUAGUCGGUCGGGAUAGCAUUGCAAACUGUCAAAUUGCCAUCCUAAACUAGACAAGCAGUGCGCCCCGGCCGCAAACCAUAGCGCCGCUUCCUCCGCAAUUGCUGCUGCUAGCUGUUGCGGCGUCUGUUCUGGAUCCCUGUUAAAGACGCGACUGUUUCGCUCUUUCCAAACUCGCCAGGAGACCAAAAUAGUUGUGGUGUCGAGCCCUUUCUUUCUGGCGCCAUGGAAACUUCGCCUCCAGAGCAGCCACCAAUCCAUCAUUGAAGAGCCGGGGACAGGCAUGAGGGAGGCGUUGCCUGUCAUCUGAUCGACUGAGUACCAAACCUGCUUCACGUAGUAUCUCUUUUGACAGUAGUAUCUCAUAAAGGUACUCUUCUAUUAACAUGAGCAGUAAUCAUAUCCACAAAAGAUUCUGGAAGACCAAAUAUUGCCUUGUAAGAUGCUACACUAUACUGUGGUUUUUUAUGUCAGUAACUGCGCAGGCAUGAGACGUUCAAUUUAUAGUUGCUCCUGUGUGACUUCUCUAUAUCAUUGGCCAGAGCUCUCCAGCUCGAUAAUUGGUGAAUCACAAUCCCAACUUGAAAGUGAUAGGCUAAGACUUCCAGGUUGGCACUUUGAUAGUUUGAUUUAUCAUCUUGUAAGGUUAGUUGAAAAUUGAAAUUUAAAUGGUUAGGUAAGAAGCAAAUAUGGUAUAAAAGUUAAUCACAUAAAUACAUUUAUGAGAUAAUAUCACUUGUUUAUAUACUUUUUUUAUUUGCUGACUAGGCACAUGUAGAGCUGUAGGGCAUCAGUCAGAAACAUAUACAAACUGCCCACCAAAUGGUAUUAAGCAAGCAAAUGUCCGAAAAAAGAAAGAAAGAACUAGAAGAAAAGAUUAAAAACAGAAGUCAGGAUUCACACAAUUUCCCCCCUUUAGGUUUUCUUCUAGGUCCAUGAAUUUCAGGGUCAGAGUGAUAAUUUAUGAUGCUAGAUCCUUGAGUACUACCUCUAAAAUUGUUUUGGAAGUUUUCAUAUUAUGUUUUGAUAACAAAGCAGUAGUGUUUAUCAUGAUAGCGGUAUACACCUAUUGCGUGAUCUGCAUUGGAUGUCUCUUAGAAAUGUACAUCACAACUUAUAGCUUCUUGCAUAAGUAUUGGAAGGCGGGAUGGAAUAGACCUAUGACCUAGGAAGCUAUGAUUUUUAUUAUGCCAAUAAUUAUCUCGAAAAGCAAACUUCUGUUUACUACUUGUACUUUUGAGCACAGAAACAGUACAGUGAGAGUAACAAUUUAACAGAUGCGAUUGUUGUGCUGUGGCCAUUUUCUUAUCAUAGAUUUUUCCCUUGAUUUCAUCCGAAAUGUCUAUAUUUCUAGAUUAAAUGAGAUAAUUGUUUCUUCAACCGAAAAUCUGUCUCUUAUUGUUGCAGUAUGCCUGAGAUAGCACACAGCGUUUGGCUGAUUGGAUCACAUUGAUCUAAAAAUGGUCUGCUCAAGUUUCAGUUAUUUUGUGCUGUACUUGUCUAUAAAUAAUAAGAUGCUCAAGUUUGGGCGCACAUCCUUUAGCAGAUUGAAGUUUCUAUGCAGAUUCAGUGAAGGCUGGAUCAAUGGCAUGUUCUGUUCUUAACUUCUUAUGGAUGGGUUAGCAUUGUAUUCUGGAAUAUUGCUGCUAUUCUAUCAACAGUUGCUAGAAUUUUGCUUGCAGACACAGCAUAAAUUAGCUCCUGUAGGCUGUAGUUGUGCAAAAUAUGCUUCCAUUGCUGGCUAGCACAGUACCAGAAUAGCAUUCCAUACAAGUUUGGUGAUUGAUUGAUAGAUGGUGCCCUUUCUUAUAUUAGCAUGCAUCCCGGAAUUGACAUUACUUUUCUAGUUACAGAGCGCAGUCAUUUCUUCCUCAUGUCGGCAGAUGUCUUGUACCCACAGAUUCUUAAGCUGUCCCUUGCUGUCAUUUCUGAAUAAAAGUAACUGCAAACAUGAAUGUGAGCUGCGCAUCUUUGUAUUAAGGAGAAAAGAAUCGAGAACUCUUCAGAGGCUAAACUUACCCGGUCAAUCGUAAUGAUAAUGCCAACCAGUCUCGGAGAGCUACGACUACAAGCCUAGGAUGCUGACUGCCUGAAUGUUGCAACUUUCUCAACACAUUUUGAUGCAACAUUAACAUCAUGGUUCUCAGUAUCAUCAUAUUGGUUCAUAAUCCAUACCUCUAUAAACAUAUGUUAGAUAUAUGUGGCUUGCAGAGGACACAUGAAGGUUACUUUGUUCCUCAUGCUCUGAUCUGUUAGUGUAUCAGAUGAUGAAAUGUUGUUGAAAUAUAGUUCCUUAAGAUGGUAACAAGGGUGACACACAUAUAUACCCCUGUGGGGAAUGGAAACAACAAAAGCUGCAAUUACACCAGAGUUUGGUGGCUCGCAACAUCUAUAAAAUGCAAUAGAAGCUUAAUGACUGCCUUGUUAACUCAGUAUACUUAAUCUGGUGCUAGCUGAUAGUAAAUUGAUCGAUGGGGAGGCAGCCCUGCUGUGACAAGCUGGGGGUGAAGCGGGGGCCGUGGACAGCAGAGGAGGACAAGAAGCUCAUCAGCUUCAUCCUGACACACGGCCGAUGCUGCUGGCGAGCAGUGCCUAAAUUGGCAGGGCUUCUGCGCUGCGGCAAGAGCUGCCGGCUGCGGUGGACUAACUACCUCCGUCCUGACCUCAAGCGUGGCCUCCUCAGCACUGCCGAGGAGCAGCUCGUCAUUGACCUCCAUGCCAAGCUCGGAAAUAGAUGGUCCAAGAUUGCUGCCAAGUUACCUGGGAGAACGGACAACGAGAUCAAGAACCACUGGAACACACACAUCAAGAAGAAGCUCAUCAAGAUGGGCAUCGACCCGGCCACGCACCAGCCUCUGGCCAACUCCAAGAUGUCUACUUCACAAUCCACCGAUACAACCAAAUCGGCGAAAUCCAGCGACACCAGAGACGAGCUGAGCGUGAAGGAAGGUAGCCGUAGGGACAUGGCACUGCCCACUGACCCGUUGGAGCAGUCCAGCUGGCUGGAGUCAGGAAACAAUGCCGGUCGUCAAGACCAGGAGCAUCUGGUGAAUUGGCUUUCGGAGACGGAUCUGCCCAUGGAUGAGCCGUGGCUGAAUUUUACGAGCAGCGAUAACGAUGUGCUUGGCAUCGUGGAGGGGCCAUUGCCAUGGGAUGGAGCAACAGAUUGGCUGCUUGACUACCAAGAUUUUGGCAUGUGCAGCUCGAACUUGGUCGACAAUAAUUCAACGCUUCACAGCACAGAUGGAUCAAACUUUUGAAGAUCAGAGAGAGACAGACUGCAGGUGUGCGUGCACUGCACUCUGCUGUGUUCCUAGUAUAGACAAUCUACAUACUACAUACGUGAAUAUGACUGAAAACAGACAGGCAUGGGGCUUAUCUAGACCGUAGAAUAGUGGUAUCUUGCCCUUAGAAGGGUUUUGUUAAAGCUUGUCAGUAUGAGAAGUUGUAGAAGUACAUGCAGUACAUUGCUCUAAACGUGCAAUACAUCCUGAAUAGCAUGGCCUAUGGGUCUCUGCAAGUUGAGGCUGUGCUUUGAGGCGACAUCGAGGCUUAUCUGA